GGUGAACCAUUGGUGACGCGGCCCUGCGCUCUUCUUCCUUCCUCAGUACUCUACUGAGAGCUCCAAACAAACUGCUUUGCCUUCUCAGUCUCUCUUCAAAAACUUGAAAGCCUCAAGAACAGUUUUUUAGUUUCUAACAGUCGAAGCAGCAGUGGAAGAGAGACUACAAAGCUUUUGAUCGUUAAGACCCAAAAGAGAAGACAGUGAAAUAGUGAACGAAAAGAGAGAAAUGUUCUAUUCCCAAAUUCUGCUUUCCGGAAAAGGGCCUUUAGCGCCCAUCUGGGUUGCUGCUUAUUGUCACAAAAAGCUCAAGAAAGACCAAGUUACUGUCACUGACAUCCCUUCUUCUGUUGAUGAGAUCAUACAUGAAGUAACAAUCACAUACAGAGUACUUAGUUAUCUUCUCCUUGGUGUUGUGAGGAUAUACUCGAAGAAAGUCGAUUAUCUUUACCAUGACUGUAAUGAUAUUUUGGUCAGAAUAAAAAAAUUCUCGGUCAGCGGGAAAGCUAACCCACAAAAGGAAGUCAUGUGUGAACAACAUGUCUCCAUCACUUUGCCAGACAGGUUCGAACUUGAUGCUUUUGAUCUUGAGGUCUCAGAAGAUGUACUCAGGCGCAACAUCAAACCACGUGAAGAGAUGCUUGAAGAAGCAUUAGAAGAUGAAGCAAGAGAGUAUUAUUCUCUGAACAAGAAUGACAGCAGUGAACUAUCUUUUCAGCCCAACAUCUUACCUUCUGCUUAUCUAACAUUUGACGGUGUUUAUUCACCUCAUGUAAGGGAUCUUGAUAUGGUGGUCAAUAUGGUACUCACCCAAUCUCAGAAUCCAAGCAGUUCAGAAUCAAACAUGAAGAGUCAGUUCGUGCAAGAAGAAUGUCAAGACCCUGACAUGUUACAAACUGAGGUCCCCCUAGACAUGGGUCCACAAUUUGAUAAGGUGGAUAAUCGAGCAGAGAAGAUAAAUUUCCUAGAGAUGCCACAAUUGAAUAUCAAGGAACAUCAUGCCUUAACUGAAGGCCACCCAGUUGCUAUUACUCCCGGUCGAACUCCACGGGAAUCUGAGGUGCCAUGCCUUAAUACGUUUGGUGGAUCUGAGGAACCUAUGGACCUGGAUAAUCAAACGAAGAAGGUGAAGUUCCUGGAAAUGCCGCCGUUGGAUAUUGAACAUGGUGUUUCUACUGAUGAGCAUCAAAUUGCUAUUACACCUGAUGGAACUCGACAUGAGUCUAAAUAUACAUGUGCUCCAGGAUCUGCUACACCUGAAUUUUUGGCUGUUCCCACACCUGCUCAGAAGGAGCAAGUUAGGAUAUCCAGGAAGCGAAAACAUGUCUAUGAUGAAGUUAUAGUGCUUCCUAACAAGGUAUUAAGGCAUAGCAUACAUGACUCAAGUGGUUUAGCAGCUAAACGGACGAAAGCUCCCCAUACUGCACUUGAUGUGUGGAGAGCCCACAGAAUGUCCAGGCUUAGACAAGAUUUCACGGAGCCUUUGCUUCUUGGUAUUUCAUCGAAGCUCAAAAUUCUCUUCUAUGAAAGCAAUGCCAAGACUGAAGGAUCCGCUGAAGUUGCAGUAGGCACCAGUUAUUCAGCAGAGUUGGGAUUUGAAACACCCCGUAAAUCUUCAGAACAGAGAACUGCCUUUCAGGAAAAUUCUGUUGACAAGUCAACAUCAGUAACGCCUGUUGAGCUUCCGAAUACCAGAAUGACUGAAGUUGCAAUUGCAGAAAAAGAUCUCUCUCCAAUUGUGAUGGAUGAUCUUGUGCUUGAUCUAAUAAAUGAGGAUGUAAUUCCUCAUGAGGAAAAUAACCAGGACUUGGCAGAUGGAUGGACUGUUAGGACCAGGAAAGUAGCAAAGUAUCUGCAGAAAAGCUUCCUAAAUCAAAAGGAGCAGGAAGAUAAAGAAAAGUUGAGUUUGGAAGAUGUUUUGAAAGGAAAAACAAGAAAAGAAAGUGCUAGACUAUUCUAUGAGAUACUGGUAUUGAAGACUAAAGGGUUUGUGGAUGUGAAACAAGAAAACCCAUAUGAUGACAUUCUUGUGCUGACAACCCCUCAAAUGGAAAAAAUAUGAUUUUAAACAGACCAAGCAUCAGGAAUGUAAAUGUACAGUCAAUGCCUGGGUGGGGCAAUUUUGGUGAUUAGAGAGUGGAUUUCUUGUGUGUGUAGGAAGAAGUAUAUUGUAUAUAUCGUCUCAUCGAGACUCGGGUGGUUGGGUAGAACAGACCAAGCAUCAGGAAUGUAAAUGUACAGUCAAUGCCUGGGUGGGGCAAUUUUGGUGAUUAGAGAGUGGAUUUCUUGUGUGUAGAAAGAAGUAUAUUGUAUAUAUCGUCUCAGACUCAGGUGUUUGGGUAGCAUCACAGUUUUAUGUACAUUGAUGAGACUCAGGUGGUUGGGUAGCAUCGCAGUUUUAUGUACAUUGAUCUAUCAUGUCAUGUAUAUUGUCAUGUAUCAUCUUCCCCUC